UUUCCACAGUUACUAAAGGCAUACUUUUCUUUUUUAGGCUUCUACACGAAGUGGGUCAGAAUGUCAAUCGUGACAGUCCAGCUUGGUCAGUGUGGUAACCAAAUUGGCCAUGAGGUGUUCAGUGCCAUCUGGGGCGAUGCCCAUGGCAGACACGGGUUGUGUUCCAAGAAGGAGAAUGAAUCCUACCACGAUGCUUCCAAAGAACGUUUUUUCUGCGAGGAGGAAUCUGAAGUACCUGUUGCCCGGGCGGUGCUUGUCGACAUGGAACCUAAAGUAAUCAGCCAAACCUUAGCAAUGGCUGCCAGGUCUGGCCACUGGAAAUACGACGAUCGGUCGCACUUCUGUCAGAAGCAGGGGUGUGGGAACAACUGGGCAAACGGUUACUCCGUUCACGGGCCUAGACACAAAGAAGUAAUAAUGAAUCUGGUGCAAAAAGAAGCCGAGAAAUGUGAUCGAGUCGGUGGAUUUUUCACAAUAAUGAGCAUGGCUGGGGGUACAGGAUCUGGCUUGGGAGCAUUUGUGACCCAGUCUUUAAGAGAUGCUUUUCCAACCUCAUUUAUGCUGAACCAUGUUAUCUGGCCCUAUGGCACUGGCGAGGUCAUUGUUCAAAACUACAACUCCGUUUUGACUCUCUCACACCUGUACCAGUCAUCAGAUGCCCUUCUUGUUCACGAAAACGACGUCAUCCACAAGAUCUGUGCUCAGCUGAUGAACAUCAAGCAGAUCUCCUUCAGGGAUGUAAAUCAAGUCAUCGCACACCAACUGGGGAGCGUUUUCCAGCCCACUUACACAGCAGAAGGUGCCUUACGCUACAGCAGAAACCCCCUAGGAGACCUAAUGGAGGCGUUAGUUCCGCAUCCCGAGUUCAAGAUGCUGGGUCUUCGUAACAUACCUCAGAUGCCUGAACGCUCCCUCGCGUACAGCACGUUCAGUUGGCCUGGGCUCAUCAAGCAUUUAAGGCAGAUGCUCAUCGCUAACGCUAAAAUGGAGGAAG